CUCCAAAGCUGAUCCACCGAGCGUUCUCCUUGGAAAGGGAGCGUUCUCCUUGUCCUCCAUCGCAUCUACCCGGUGUGUGUGUCUACCCGCUGGCAAGCUUCGUGUUGAAGAUUUUCACUGCUUCAAGUUCGAUCAAGUGGCAAGCUUCUUGCUGAGUGUGGAUCCGGAAUGUAAAGUUGCAGCCUGUGUUGCACUGAGGAGAGUUUUGAAGCGCAGGGCCCAAGCAGUCAGCAAUCUCAUUGGAUCUGGCAUGGAUCCGACAGCGGCCGAUAAAACGUUUGAAGAGGCAGUAGAGAGCUUCAAGCUGGAGGGGGAUGAUGAUACAGAAACGCUCGAGGACCUGGGCUUUACUUUCGCUGCCCCGCCAGAGACUGCGCCGCUCCUGGAGCCUUCUUCUGAGACGGAGGAGGCCUCCCCAUCCGAUUUCCCCAGGGAGAGAGGGGUCCUUUUUGGAGACCCGAAGAACUUGGAGUUCCUACCCCUGUUGGCGGUUGAGGUGGACAGCAAUGAAGGGGAGCAAUAUGUUAGCACGCGCCCAACAGUGACGGAGAUCAUGGCUGGCAAGGAUGCCUCCCAUGGCUGGAACCCGGUUGUGGCCUUCAGUAGGAUGGACAUGGCCCAGCAGGUCCUCCUAGCGGAUAGCAGUGUGCGGAUUGAGGCUGCGUGGUAUGCAGAUCCCGUGGCCGAUGAUGUCAAGUACAAGACAGCCUCUGCGUCUGGGGGCCUUGUGUCCCCCUGGGGUGUCCUGACCAACAGCCACGCUGUGCUGGACCGGGGGGACUGUACCAAGCAUAGCGAAACUGUUUCUGCUCUCCAAAUUGCAUGCUACAUACAGGGGGUCUCGGGGACAAAGGCCCGCCCAGGAUUCUUUGCGUCUGCACAGGCUCGGCGCGUGCUCGAGGCAUCGGAGGAGCUGAAACAGGUGGACCAAGUCAAGUACGCCAAGGCCAAGGUCUCCAAGGAGGCCUCCGCAGAUGCCCUCCUCCAAGCUGCCGAUGAUGCCCGUACUCACUACGGGACUGCUGGACUCGCUCUGCCCCACACACACGACCCCGUCACCGGCGAGUACUACACCAACUUGAACGUCAUGGAUCCUGAUCUAGCGCUUCUCACGCACUCCACGACCGGACCUGCCAAGGUCCCUCUGGGCGCGCGGCUCGUGACUGUGACGAGAUUGGACCCCACACCGAAAAACUCGCCUUUCAUGCUGCCAAGUCUUCUCUUUGAUCCUGAGCUGAUGGCACGGCGCGGCUACUCCCUCAGCGCGAAACCUGCCCUUCCCAUCGUGUUUGCUGGCUCGCCUGGAACAAGCCUGUUGCGUGCGAGCGAAACACCGGAGGAUUUCUGCCCGGAGUAUCUCAAGAUUUCACAAGAGAAAUAUAUGAAGUCUCCCCAGGAAGCUGCAGUGCUGCUGAAGCAGUCGGCUCAGGCAGCAUUCAGCCACGUCCAUGGGGUCGCCUUCUCAGUUGCUGUUGUGGCUUUGCACAAGAAGAAACUCGUGCUGAACGACACGUAUGUGGGCCACAGUGGGCUGACCAACGCUGGCUUCUCAGGCGCCAAGGGAACAGACCCCUAUGCACCUCUUGGCACGUUCCAGUACGUGCACUGCGGGCCAGCUGAACUGCACUACGUCCGGAAGUACGUCGAGUGGGCUGACAUGGAGCGCGAACGGUUUGGGUACGAUGCCACGACGCAGAGAGUGAUCCCGCCCCCCUACAACGUCGCCAUCCCGUCGCAUAGCCCCCGCUUUGCUGUGACGGUUGUUGCUCACCUGAUCCGAGUGCUCAACCCCUCUGGGGCAUUCUGGACGCACCCGAAGUUCCCGUGGGCUACGUCAGCCUUGCCGUCAUUCCGCCGUCUCGUCCAAUACCAUCUCCCAGUCCUCGUGCACCUGAAGGAUCUCGGCCCUAACUGGAAGAAGUGGUUGGAGCUCGUCGUACGCGAUCGACACGUGCCCCCCCAACUCCAAAUGCUGGACGACAACCAAGCGGACCCCAGCAGCCCUGAUCGGGAAGACUUCAAGGCGCUUGUGCGGGGCAAGCUGAGCGAACAGAUAGCGGCAUAUCUGGGCAGGGACGUUGUGGACUGGAGGCGCAUGGCAGCGCAGACCCGACUGCGGGUCGUGAUUGCUGAGUUCGCGGAGCUGUUCACCGAGAAGGACGAUGAGGACAACUACCGGAGGCUGCCGUACGACCUGAGGAGCUGGCCCUGGGCACUGCCGGACGGCUUCGAGCUGCGGAAGUGGGAGGAUGUGCUGUGGUUGUUCCGGCGGCUGAGGCUAGAGAGGGACUCCAUCCGGAACUACCUCCCGGACGACCUCUUGGCUACACGGGAUAAGCAGUGUGUGCCGCCUGACGAUGACGAGCAGGCGAAACCAGCCGGUACAUCCUCGCCCCAAAAUAACAACACCUAG